AGGAGGGUGCAAGGGAGAUUGCCGAGUGCCGCUGUCUGCUAGGUGUCUCCACUAGACUGAUGUGUGUAUGUGCGUGUUCCUUCUUCCGUGGUUAGAGGGGCCCUGUGCCGUUCCUUCUUCGUCUGUUUUCGUUUCAGUGGCAUUGAAAAUCUCGAUUCGUUUUGACGUUAUUUCGAGACUUGUAGCAAAACGAUAAACUCGAAUCUUUUCUCACCGAACGUCACGAAACGAUGAACAUUUGUCAGUGAGUAAUAAUCGUAACGUUCAGUUAUCAGAUGAUGGUAAAGUGGCACUUUGUUGUUAGUUGUUAGCCGUAAGUCCUAUUGAUUUUCUGGCCUGCCAGUAGUAAAUGAAACUCGGGAGCCACUGGAAUUAAUGUGGGAGUGAACAAUAAACGAUGAGACUAAAGCACCUUCUAUUACUUAUAAAGAUUAUGGGGACUUUAUUUAUUAGUAGGAGAAGGGGCCAGUUAUAGUGUUGUAAUCCGUUGGUGUAAGGCUAAAAAAAGUUAGCCUCGAUCAACCUAUCCUGCUCUCUUAAUUUGGAUGGAUGGAAUUAGAAGACAUCUGUCCUAACGUUAGCGGAUGGAAAGGAAGAAAGAAAAAAAGACCGAGGGAUGGUUUGAUUAUCCGUGUGAAUAACUGCGGUAGCUGCACUGUUAAGAGCAUUCUCGUGAACUCUGCUAAUUGACGCCUACUCCCAUUCACCAUCAUUAGCAUCAUGGAGUGUAGUGGUCAUGUGUGUAUUCAUUGGACCAGCAGCUUCUCUCAUUUCUGCCAUAAUGUUGAUGAUGUAACAUGUAGACGGCUCCAUCAACUUCCUGAUUUGUGGGUGAGGUGCCGAGCAGCGGAGGCCAAGAUGGAGGGUCCAAACAGCCGGCCCCCCCAACCAUACCCAUCCUUCAUCCCACCAGCCAUAGCAACAGAUUCCCAACAGACUCCACCGCCAGACCCUCCCAUCAAGCCCCCAACAGACCCUCCUCCUAUGCUGCAAUCACCUAGUUCCCCAGGACAGUCCCAUUUACAUACGCCACCUCCUCAUACCCCACAUUCACCUUUGCUACCACAUACCCCAAUUACCCCUUUGCCCCACACUCCGAUGACUCCUCAUAGCCCUCUCACCCCACUAACAUCACAGAGUACUUUAGCAUCUGAAGCAUCUGUGGAUUCAGGAGUAGCUUCUGCACAUUCAUUGGACUUGCUACACAAUAGCAGCAAUGUAGAAACUCAUGCUCUGCGUAGACGGGCUGGAAGUAGCAUAAGCAGUGGCACAAGUGAGGUAUGGCUUGGCUCUUUAGAUGGUGAUCCAGCUGGCCUGGAAGUUUUGCCAGAACUUUGGCCCCACAGUGAGAGCCCUACCACUUCCCAAGGUGCAUCCACAUCUCAUCACAGCCCUUCUUCCCCACAGAAUAGCCCAAGAGUGCUACUGUUUAAUUCGUCUUCUUCCAAUCAUAGUCCCUCUUCUCCAGGACAGAGUCCAACUCCAAGUCAUCAGAGCCCUCCAAUGUCCUUGUGCCAUAAUAGCUCCUCAGUUCACUCAAUACAUGACCAGCAUAGUCCCACCCAGCAGCACCACCACAUCUUGCCGCCUACUGAAACAAGUGUAGGCAUUAUGACAUCCCCUGCAAUAGAAAUGGAGUGUGUUUGGCAAACCUCCUCCUCUCCAAGAGACAGCAGCAACCACCACAAGGAAGCUUUUUCAUCUGUGAUACCGUUUCACCCUAGUGCCCUAAAAUCUAAACCAGGCCCUUUCUGGCCGAAUAGUGAGAAAGAUGGAAAGAAUGAACUGACUAAUACACUGAAAGAGUACUCUUUAAGCAGUCAGUGUGUAUUGCAUAGUGACGAGUCUCUUACAGAUUUUAGUGUAAAUGGUGAUGUAUUGUAUGAUAAGAAAAAAAGUAUAAAAGAUUGUCAGUCUGUGUUACCUGGUAAUUUUGAUAAGAAAUGUGAAUCGAAGAAGACCAAAAAAUUGAGUGGUUUAGAUACCAAUAGCAGUGAUGUUGAUAGAAUGGCAAGGGAGGGAUGUGUUUGGAUUGAUAAGUUUGCCUCCCUUUUUGUCAAACAAAUAUUAGAAGAGGCACUGGCUGUAAGCUGUUCUCUUGGGUGGUCAAUCAAAUGUUCAGGUCAGUGUCAGAGGGAGCAGUGCCGAGAGGAAUAUCAGAAAAAAGAAAGUAGUUGGUGGGUGGGAGGGAGUGGAAAAACUAACCGCAAGUCUAGUAUUCCACUUCUUGGAUUAUCUUGUGGAAGCCCUGGAUUAUGUUGGACACCAGAGUUGCCAUACAGUCCUUCACAUAGACCCCAUUCAAGAUCAUCUUUAGGAUCCAGCCUAUCUUUCUCUCAUGACUCUCUUGUUAGUUCUGGUCCCCGCAUGGAUGAUUCCCACCUGAUCACCGGUGCAGUUUCCCAUGACGCCUUGCUUUUUCCUACUUCCAAGACACCACAUAGUGACGUUAGCGACAUAUAUAAUGUUCCCCUUGAUGGGGAUAUCUAUGCAGUUCCAGUAGAUGUAGUCAAGCCAAAUGAAGGACAGAUAUUGCACCCGAAAGCAGUGAUGCUUCAACCCAAGAAGAGGCAUCACAGAAGACAUGCAAAGCACAGUGCUGCUGUGAAUGCUGCAAACAUUUUGAAUGUAGGAGGAGGUUUGAAGAAGGUUUCCAAUAGUCAUGAUCAAGGGAGUAGUAGUAGUUCCAAACAGCUCAAGGAAAGUGGUAUUAGUCGAAGUAGACAGCAUUCUGGUCAGUCAACUGGAUCAGUCAGCGGUGGUGAGAUUCUGAGGGUAAGCAAGCGGCAUAGUGUUCCCAGUAAUAUUGGCUGUGCUCUUAGCAUGACUCCAAAGCAUGGAUCUAAUAAAGAAGAAAGAGAACCUAUUCAUAUGACUUUAGAAGAAGUUAGAAAAUCUUUUCAUGAGUCUGAUGAUACCAUAAAUUGUAAUAAAAACCACAGAAUCCAACAGGAGGUGAAAGUUGCACCUGAGCAGUCUAAAAUAUGCAGAAUAAUUCCAUUUACGUCAAUGAAGUCGUGCAAGAGAAAAGACAAUUCGUACAUGCGUAUAGAAGAUAAUCGAAAGAAAGGAAGGAGCAUAUCGAGUAAUAUACGCAAUACACUCAUUACUAUAUUUGGUCUCAAAAAAGGAACGAAAUCCAGCAGCACUAGGUUAAAAAAUGGGAGCUGUGUAGAGACUGCAACUCAGGGAUUUUCAGAUAUUGCAGGCAAUGGGGUUAUGCCUCCUGCCAGCUGCCCCACCUCAAGUUCAUUACCUAACCAUGCUGCUUCUACAACCAUAACCAAAAUCCACCAUAACCAACACAGUAAUCAUCGUACAUCCAAUGGCAUUAAUACAGGGCUCCUUUCAUGCCUUGGUAAUCAUCGAACUGAACCCGAUGAUCCACAAAUCAUACCAGCUCAGGCCCCGGUGGUUAACAACAUCACUUCACGUUCUCCAGCUAUUGUUACCAACCGGGCUCUUCCUCCUUUGCCCCUUCAGCCUAGUAGUGAUGAGAAGAGUCAGUCAGAAGUAUCCAACACAACGGCAUCAGGAACAGCCACAAACCAUAGUGGAAGUGGAUCAGAACGUAGAGAGGAAGAGGGAUGUGACUUUGCUUCAAUCAUUGAAAAAGUGAAGGAUUGUGGAUGGUACUGGGGUCCAAUAAGUGGAGAGGCAGCUGAGAAAGUUUUAGCUAACGAGCCUGAUGGGUCGUUUAUUGUGCGUGAUUCAUCCGACCACCAUUACAUAUUCUCAUUAACUUUUAAGCUCAAUGGCUUCAUCCGUCAUGUCAGAAUAGAACAUGACCAAGGUAACUUCAGUUUUGGUGGGUUCACAAAGUUCAAGAGCCAGACCAUUGUAGAAUUUAUUGAAAAUGCUGUGGAGCAUUCUCGUAGUGGCCGAUAUUUAUUUUUCCUUCACCGCCGACCUGUCUUGGGUCCCAUGCGGGUACAGCUUCUUCAUCCUGUGUCUCGGUUCAAGCACAUUCAAAGUCUUCAGCACUUAUGCCGAUUUGUUAUUGUGAAGCAUGUUCGUCGUGACUUGAUUGGGGAGUUGCCACUACCUCAGCGGUUGAAAGAUUACCUUUGCUCUCCUCACUACUAUUCUGAGAGAGUAGAGCAGUGUAUGGCUGCAGCUGCUGCUGCCAUAGCAGCUUCUACUACAGCUUCUGAUGCUGAAGAUAAAAGUGCUUCCUCAGGUGUAAUGGGUGAUGAGCAUUCUGUUCCUAAUCAGGUGCUUCAGCCCUCCUUAGAAGAAAUACAGGAUAGCAGCCUCCCAGCACCCCCAACUCUUGUGCCAGGCUUUCCCGGCGUACCUCAACCUGUGAUGGACCGUGCCUCCCAAACUUCCCAGGCAACUUCACCCAACCCACCGAACCAUCACUACACAGAUUUUGGAUCUCACGAUGAUAGCACCCAGGCUUCAAAUCUACAUAAUGGUACACUUCCAGAUUACAAUAGUGUGAACUCCAGUUCUCUGCCAACCCUACAGGAUCUAGAACUUGAUGUUAGGUCCAGUCAGCACCACCAUCUCUCUUCCAAUAUAGCCACAAUACCCAAAAAAGAUGAAUCCACCACAGACUCAGCCAGUCACUCCCCGAUUUGUUGCUCACCUGCACAUGUGGAGCGUGAUAUUACUUACCCUAUGUGCCCACGGGUGACCCUAACCAGCCAGGCUCAUACUGCUGCUAGUGCCUCGCCUGUCCUACAGGGUAACCUUGCCUUUGCCCACCCACACAAAAUGACUGGUGCCAGUGGGCCUUUGUCACUCAAUUCCUCAGUGAGUGAUGUGCUCGAUGCCAGUGAAACUCCUUUGGACAGAACAACACCCGAGUGUAAUAAAAACAGUAAUGAUAAUGCUACGAGUAGUGUUGGAGGGGUUACGACUGCCAGUGCAGCAACUGCCUCCACUAGAGAAUUUUUUCAAGUUCAUCCUUGUAGAGGUCUUGAUGACCAAGUGUUUGAAGACUUGGGAGGUGUGUGACACCUUAGCAUUUGUAUUAAAAUAGCUUUCUGUACAAUAAGUGCUGUGAAGAAUUAAUGCUAGGAAUAGCUGCAUCAGCGAUUGUUUGCUUUAUUUUCUUUACACUUGCGUACACUCACACAUCACACGUUUAAUAAUGUUACGUUUCUUUUGUACAUAGGGAUAUAAGAAAUGAAUCAUAUAUUCUUAAAGUAAUAUCAUUAUAUUAUUUUAUUAUUACCAUUAUUUAUUAUUGGUUAUUAGAAUUUGAGUAGCUUAUUUGUUAUCUUCAAGACCACCAAAGUCAUAGAAUUUUGUCUUGUAGUAAUUCAUAUAUACAGUACAAAUUGAAUGACCUGCACAUUUGCUCCGACAUGAUUUGGCAGACAAAGUGAGUCUCCCCCUCUUCAACCUUAGCCUCCAUCUUACAGUUUCCAUCUUCCUCUACUUGCUGAUUUUCCUCCCAGAGUCUCAUUUCUCUUAUUUACUUGGUUCAAUCUUCCUUUCUUACUGUUACCUCUUACUUCUUUAAUUUAUCUCUUUUCUGUGUGGACAUUCUCUCUCUCUCCUUACUAACUCCACUUCUUUAUUUCUCUCUCCCUCCUUACUAACUCCUCUUCUUUAUUUGAUCAUACAUCUAUUUUUUCUCAGUUUACUUACUAUCUUAUUAAACUUUCCUCCUCUUUGCACAUUUUUGUUGUCCUGUCUUGCCUCCCUUCACUCAUCCUCUUACUUUUCCUCAUUCUCUCUAAUGUCACUUUACUUUCCCUUUCACCCAUUCAUCUCUUCCUUGUGCAAAGGAGCCAUGUUUUGAAGGGAUAAUAAUCAUCUCUGGUGUGUGUCCAUGUGUUUGUGCGUGUCUGCGUGUGUGUGUUUGCACUUCUAUUAACAUGUGACAGACUCCUUUAACUGUAGGUGGCCUAUAAUGGUCUCUGUUGUCAAAUACACACAGAGAUGAUGAUGAUGAUGAUGAUGUUUUAAACCAAGAGUGCCUAGAGGUAUUGAUAAUAGCUCUUUCCUCGUCUUAUGUCACCGUCGCCUCUUUUGACACCUGGCAGCCAAUCACUAAUGUGUACAGUUUUUCAGUGUUACGAAAAAGUGGCAGGGUAAAAACUAGUAAACUAUGAAGAUGUAUAAGUUUACAUAUCUGUACUGCUUUUGUGUUUAUUCAUUGUUGCACCCCCAGUGAAUUGAAAAGAAUCUCAUCCUAUAGCUUGUAGCAAAUGACAUGUAUUCAUCAUUUUUAGUGUGGAAAUGAGGAAUAAGCUUCAGUUCUCCGUAGUCAUAAAAAAGGAAAGUGUAAACAAUAGCUCUCCACUAGGUAGCUUAUUGGCAUUUUUUUUCUAUUUUCCCCCACAGCUUUUUCAAAAGAAAAAAUUGUUUCAAAGCAUUUGAUGUAGGACAUAGCAAUUGACCUGAUAGUUAUAAAUACCUUCCUUGUCAUUCAAUGUAUUAUUUACUUCCAAAGCAAAAGGAGUUCAUGCACAAGCAACAGGCAUCUAUCCAUUGUGAUCUAUUUCUAACUUAAGGCAUGGAGUGAUGGCUGGCUAAUGUGGAAUAAAAAUUUUGAAUGUCAUUUUGUGGCUUGCAACAAUGUAGUCCUGUUCUUUCGAACUUGUGUACAAGACAAGUCCUUACAUUAAUAAGAGUAUCUUUAGAUCCUAUACCUUAAAUGAGUUAAACCUGGCAAGCAUCUAAAGUAACCAGUUUAUUAUAUAAAUACAAAUUAAGAUUUGCUAGUGUAAAAGUUAUGGUAACUGAAUAUUUAAUUUCUGUGCACAUUAACCUUUUUGAUCAAAAGCCAGAUACAGUAUCUGCAUUUCAACCUUUUUAAGUUAACGAAUGCAAGGCUGCAAGGGACUCGAACUAUAUCACUACUGGUAUACAAUGUGUAGAGACAUAUGACAAGAUAAAUUUGUCCUUACCUUGAAGUAUUUUCCCCCUCUCAUCUAUCCUUUGAAUUUUACCAUGUGCAGUUAUCACUGAUUGAAAGUUUUCUUAUAAUGGAAGUCUUUGAAGAUGACAUCUUGCAUAAAAAUGGUAGAAUUUAGGUUUGCUUGACAAGAAUUUAAGACAUCAGAAGUUAUUUGUCACAUCACGGUUAGAUCAGUACAGUACAUAUUCAAUGCCUGAAUUUUUAACAUUUUCAGGUUCUCAUGAUUAGCUGAUCAUGUGAUCCAAUGAUUAAAUCUCCCAUGUUAGACAUACUUUUAUACUGAUUGUUAAUGUUAUAUCUACUAUAUACAUUUAAUUCUUUUUAGUAUAAACACAAGUACCCUUCAGUAAUUCACAUCAUUCUAAGUAUUUAUCUUAUUAUUUUAUAUGGUACUGCUGAAAUAUUUUUCCAAAUGUUCAUUUUACAGUGAUAUAUGGUUUAAGUCAUUCAGUACAUAUUCAUAUAUAAGUUUCAAACAAUAAUUUGAAGCCCUUGCCUGUGACCUUUGUGAUGCACAUGGCCAGGUAUUAAUAUCAUUGGAGUACGAUUUGUGUAACAAAAGUUUUGUGUCGGUGGUUACGUAUAUUUUAGGGAUAGUAAGCUCAAUGAGAAAUUCCAUAACAAAGGAACCCUUUCAUUGAAACAAGGUGCAGUAUAGUAUUGAACUUGCUUUCAACAUCACCUUAUGCUGAAGUAUUAAGAAAAUAAAUCUGUAAGAGAGUUUUACAAGCUAUUAUAAUGCCAUUAUCUUGAAAUAAUGAGCAGGAUAAAAAGAAUGGUUAGCAGGAAAAGGGACGUAACCAUCUGCUAAAAAGAAAACUCAAUAAAACCUUGCCAAUCAUUACUUAUGCUCAAGCUUACUUGUAUCAUCAUUGUCAUAGUUGUGUAUAUGUAAUGUAAAAUUUACAUUUUAACAUUAGAGCUUUAGUUUUAAAGCUAAACUAUUUUGUACUUUAGCAAAAUGUGAUGCAAAUUAAUAUAAAAGUCAAAUUCAGAGGAGAGAUAAUAAAGUCUGAAUCUCACUCAGAGAUGAUGGGAAACUGAAGUUACAAAGUCUACAGGUUCAAGAUGAGUUAGGAUAUAAGUGAAGGAUUAGAGAGAAGUUCUAAAUCGUCAAUAAAAAUUUUUUUUUUAUGAAAUUUAGUUUUCUCUGCUGUAUUACAAGACUUUUCAUACCUUACUCAUCUUCAAACAUCCUAUCCUCCUAAACUUCUAUUCUCAGCUUGCCCAUCUGACUGAAAAACGAGCAAUUUUUGAAAUUUUUAAAUUGUAUUCACACUUGGUUGUCAUGCAGCAACCAUACAAGUCAGCUUGACUGUCACCCACUGAUGAAUUAUUAGCCUUGUCACACACUGUAGAAAUGGUAAAACAGUACAAUGAGAGUUACAUUGUAUUUCACUGUUUCAUUAUUGAUUUAUGUUUUUUUUUCUUUCUUUUUUUUUCAUAAAAAUAAGCAUAGUAUUCAUAUUCGGAGUUGCUGAUUAUUCAGGCAUUCGUAGUCAACGUUCAAGGAAUAAUAAAUGUGGGAAAGUG